CGUCAAGUAGUUGGUUUAUUAUGCGCAGUAGAUUCGUCAGGUUGCAAAAUAUCGAAUUUUGUGUGGUAGGCGAAGCUGAAACGAAUGAAAGAAAUGUCGACGAAGGUGGGUGUACAAUAUUGUGGUCUUGGUAUGAUAGGGUUGAGGCUAAACCUUGACAUCGGAUAGGUGGUUUUUCGCAGUGAUAUUUGGAACGACAACAGUUUUAAGCCGAGGAUUAAAAAGGCUACAAUAUAAGGAGAGAAAUGAAGAGGAUUACGCUGGUUGUGGCAGCCGUUGUAUUACUUACAUGCAGCAAUGCAGAGAAACUUAGUAAGGAAGAUGGGAAAAAGGCAGUAGUGGAAGAUAAUUACUCGAAAGCAGGCGAGGAUAAAUUAGAAGCAGACAUAGCUGAAUCGGGGUCCAGCAAGAAGAGCAAGGAGGUACACAAGCGAGGCGUUUUUCACUAUGGAACGUUAGCAUCUCAUGCAGCAUGGCCUAAGUCUUACGCUGCCCAUUACGGCUAUGGUGUACAUUUGCCCACUUCGUUUUCUGUAGCCCCGAUUGCCGCCAGCCAUAUCCAUGUUCCAGGAUCAAUUAAGUAUCACAGUGGAAUUCACUACAAAGCUGUUGUUCCAUCUGGUGUAGCCGCUGUUAGCUCGACUGUCUUGCCAGCGGUGUCGACGUUGAGUCCAGUACACGCACACCAAGCUGCUGCUAGUGUACCAUACGUCAUCAGACCUGGAGGAGCAGUUGUGCAGUCUUACAGCGUAAAUUACCCUCAUCAUAAAAGCAUUGUUCCUGUAAAAGCGGUUCAUGCAUAUGGUACUGUUGCACAUGGUUUAAAUAGCAUUCAACCAGUUCAUCAUGUUCCAGCUCAAGCAAUUCCUCAUAUUCCAGCGCAACCAAUACAGCCUGUUGUCCAAACAUUUGUGCAAGCAGCUCCCGUUGCUCAACCGGUUCCUUCCGUUGGUGUAGUAGCGCAAUUUCCUUCGGGUAAUUUAGGUCCAGUACUGCCUGAUAUUCAGGCUACACCGUCGUUUGGAAGUCCUCCAACAUUUUCUGUAGUUAGUGGAGAGAGUGCAGCGCCUGUGGUGCCACCAGCUGUCCCAAAUGUGCCUGUUGUCGCACCCCAACCGCAACCUCCAAAUGUUUUCUAUCCAGUUAACAUUCAGCCACCAAUUGCACAACAACCGCCUGCAUUCGUUAACGUUCAGCCAGCCAUUGCACAACAGCCACCUACAUUCGUUAACGUUCAGCCAGCAAUUGCACAACAGCCACCCACAUUUGUCAACUAUAAUCCGAAUGUUCAAGUUCCCUCGUUUGUGCCUGUUGGUGGAAGACCAAAUCAGAACCAGCCAGAUUUCGGAAGCAAUGAAGCUGCGCCUCAGAUUCCCGUUCAACCAACUGCGGCCGCUCAACCAGAACCUGAACUGCCAGCUAUUCAGCCAGAGCCUGGGCAACAGCCAUGGAAGCCAGUGUUAUAUCAGCCUCCAACUGUACAAAGUGAAAUAAAUCGGCCUUCAAAUACACUUUUGCCACCUUACGGCAACACACCGGCAGAAGGUUACUUGCCACCAGCAACAAAUCAAAAGGGUCGACAGGAAUACAGGUACAGCAACAAUUUGCUUGAUCUCUCUGAAGCCGACAUACAAAAUAUCUUCCAGCAAGCUAGUAUAGCUGCUCAAAACGAUCACAAUCAUGCGCACGUACAUCCUCAUACAAUUCACAAGUACCACUCGCAUUAUUAGGAGCAUGUAGUGAAUGAAUAGAUAUUUAAGUAUCUUGUAUGUUUGGUGCUGUAAGAUUUCAAAAGUAAUAUACACAUUUAUUUAUUUGGAAUUAAGACGUUAGCUUAUGGUGUUUAAUGAGAGAAAUUGGAAUAUUAUUAUAUAAAAUCUCCGAUGUAUUCACUAA